AUGCUGCACGCGCUCGACUCCAAGUCAGCACCACCACCACAAGCAUGGGUUGAGUCGCCAUACUUGCGGUCGCUCAUUGCCGGCGGCAUGGCAGGCACGACAGUAGACCUCUCUCUCUACCCUCUUGACACGCUUAAAACCCGCCUCCAAUCUGCAUCCGGUUUCGCUGCAGCCGGCGGCUUCAAUGGCAUAUACCGGGGCGUAGGCAGCGCAAUCGUCGGUUCCGCUCCCGGUGCCGCCCUCUUCUUCAUAACAUACGACACGAUAAAACGAUCAUUCUCCCAAAAUGUACCGGCUACGAUCAAGUACAAUGCGGAGGGAAAACCGUACAAGGAGGACGUAAGAGAUGGCGGGACAGAGGCUCUGGUACACAUGCUAGCAGCCAGUGCGGGAGAGGUCGCGGCGUGUGCUGUACGUGUACCAACAGAAGUUAUCAAGCAGAGGGCGCAGGCGAGUCAGCAUCCGAGUUCACGGGAGGCACUCGCGUUUGUGCUCAGGCAGCGGCAUACCAAGGGGUUGGCGCAUGUGUGGAUGGAAUUGUAUCGCGGGUGGUCGAUAACGAUCAUCCGUGAGGUGCCUUUCACGGUCAUCCAAUUCCCGCUCUGGGAGGCGUUGAAGAAGUGGCGCAUGGCGAGGACGGGGAGGACCGAGGUUAGUGGAUGGGAAGGCGGAUUGUUGGGUAGUGUGGCGGGCGCUGUGGCUGCGGGCGUUACGACGCCGUUGGAUGUGUUGAAAACGAGAAUGAUGCUUGCCAGGGAGAAACAGCCUAUGCUUACUAUGCUGUCAACUAUCAUGAGGGAAUCGGGUCCAAGGGCUUUCUUUGCAGGCCUGGGCCCGCGCGUUGGCUGGAUCAGUCUGGGUGGUGCCAUCUUCCUUGGCUCAUACCAAUGGGCGAGUAAUGCCUUGGGUGGUGUAGGCGAACACUGA